AUGAAUUAUCAAAAUGAGAAAAGAUCAUCGGAAGGUAGUCAUGACUCUUCCAACUCAGAAUCUUCUUUGUCUUCUAGAAACUAUAAGAAUAUAACAAUAAAUCUGAUUCUUAGCAAACCAAAGGAUGAGAGAUACAUGCUACCUCCAAUUGGUUCCACGAUCAAGCAGAUCUCGUCAUCCUCAAACUCUUCUGAGUUACCAAAUAAUAUCGAAAUGUCCCAGCGACAACAAGCACCUCAAAACCAACAGCCAAAUUCUUACUACCAACAAUCAAAAAGUUCCCAAGAAUUGCAGCAUCCUACUCAAAUUAGCUCGACGUCAGUAUCAUCGUCAAGUAGUAACAGCAUUCCGUCAUACCCCUCGUAUUCCACUGGAGCAACUUCUUCAGAAACGAGUGGUUAUCUGAGACCGAUGGUAAUGCAAAUCCCCCCAUCAGCAGUUUCUGCCGCCCAACAACAACCAAAUCCAUAUUUAGGAGGUGUAUCCCAACAAAGUUAUGCAUCUUUGAUUCCGGGUGUUCAGCCUCAAUAUAACCAAUCACACUUAGCUGGCCAACAGAUACUACCACCUGGUGCUCCAUUACACUCUUUGCAACAUUAUCAUCCAAUGCAACAACAUAAUCCAGGCAUGGAUAUGACCCAUUUUCAAGAAGCUAAAAGAGGAAGAAGAUUCAGAAGGCGUUAUAAUCAAAUUGUGCGGAAGUAUGCCUGCUCAUACAAUGGUUGUACAAAGAGUUACGGAUCACUAAAUCAUUUGAAUACACAUAUUGUAACUAAGAAGCAUGGUCAUCGGAAAUCAAAAGCAGACUUUCAACACAGUCAGAAUCCAGAAGAAACUCAUAAAUCGAACAAUUCAUAUUCCGAACCUGCAGUUACUCAAGUAUAUCAGCAACCACAAGAGCCACAACAAACGCAGCAACACCAACCUCAACAUCAACCACUCCAACAGCAAUCCUAUGCCGCUGGUCAAAAUCCAAAUGAGUAUGCGUCAGGUAAUUAUUGGUAUGGAUAUGCUACUCAUUUACGAACAUCUAAUUCAGGUUCUGGCUCAGAUAGCAAUAAUACUACGAAUUCCCAUGCAUACCAGACUGCUCCACAAGGUUACAUGUAUUACCAAAACUAUCCUGGCUCCCAAAUAUCUCAACAAGUUUCAGCUCAGAGGUAUCCAACAAUGCCCAAUGCAGGCUUGAAUGUUUAUAAUUCUACAUUAGGAGCUCAACCAAUAUAUCAACAACAACCAGUAGUUGUUGGUGGAGAGAAUCUAGACUCAAGUGGGAAAUCUCGGAAAGAUCUGAUUGAUAAUAAGCCACCUGGAGGAUCGAGGCUUCAAUAG